UGCUUGUGCUACUGUAGCACAUAUCGUACUCCACCGUCAGAUCUUGCCUGACUUGAUAUUGUCCUGACCUUGAACAUGUCCAACCAGUAAUAGGUUCCCAGGAACCCGGAAGCCAACUUUCCCAUCGAUCCUGAUGACCUUGGCCCCGGUGUUGAGCAGAUUGGUGGUAAGAAAGAACCCUAACCCCAUUUCUCCAAACGUGAGUGUAGGAAUAUUUUUGCGUAAUUCUUCCUUUGUCUGGCCUACCACUGCCCGGUCAUGGCCUCAUCCGCGAAGAACGACUUGGUCAGAAGAUUCUGUGCUUUAUCUGCGAGGUCGGCUGACAGUUCUUCUUCACUGAAUUGCCAGCAUUGUACCAGUUGCUCCGUGUCGGCCUCGAGAGUAAUGUCGCAGUCGGUGGAGUUGAUUCUCAGAGGAAUGUCGUGGCUUAUCAUCCACUCAGAUCGAAGGAUUUGCCUGGCAGUAGGACGAUUCUGCGGUCUGGAUGAGAACAUUGGCCGUAGUAUGGGAAGAUACCUCCUUCUCUUUUGCUUCAGGCGAUGGCAUUUGACUACAACGUCUGGGUUGUUGCACACUGUCCUCAAACUGGUCUUCCCAAGCUCAGAAAGAGUGACGGUUUAUUGGCUUCCCAUCCUGAUAAGCUUAUAUCGGCGGGCUUCCCACCCAUACCACCAUCCAUGUAGCAAGACUCUUAGUGUGUCGACAUGCUCACAGGUCAUGUCGUCCUCAGUGGCGAGAAAUCCUCAACAAUGAUGGGUAGCAAUGCAGUCCGAAUCGAUCUACAGUUGCAGUCAUGUACCACUUAGCUCUAUAGAGACAGACUACCAC